AUGGAUCGAGAUGACGACAACUUGGUCGGCGCGCCAGAUAAAGACGCGAAACAGGCCAACUUUCCCAUAUCGGACAGGAAGCGAGACUUUAUCAAAAACGCGAUGACGGCUUGGAAAGAAAAAUCUCAAGAGGGUUAUCAAAGGCUUCGAUGGGUGUCAUUCGAUAAGGCCGCUUUUGAACUGGUAUUGUCCAAAUUCUCCGCUUUAAACGACAACAUGACCAAUAUAUUGGAUCACUCAUUGCAGGUAGAAAUCCGGCACACAGUGGAAGACACGAACAGGGGAGUUUUGCUUUUGCACCACAGGGUUGCAGAUUUAAGUCACCUUGUGCUGGCGUUGAAAUCGCGGCUAGAUGCGGGAGCUGCCUCCCUCCCGACAGCUUCUCCCAUGUCAAAGUUGGAAAGGGAAGCAAGUCUCGAUGCCUUGAUGCAAUUAUCCAAACUUGCCAAGUUCAAGGCUUUUAACGAAACUCUUGAUCCAAAGACCGGAAGGCCUUCUCAAGCAGACGAAGCGGCGGCUAAAUUCCUUGAACUUGCAACCCCAUCUCAGUCAGGCAAUGUCCAGAUUCCGCGCUAUCUAAUAGAGCUCGGUUCAGAGGUAGAUGGAUCGGAUGCUGCACGCUGUGAAGCGCUCAUGAAAACACCCUCAGGUAAGAAGAAGGUGUGGAUAGAGUGGAAAGACUACGAUGCAACUGGGCUGCACGAAGACUCCUUAUCGAAGAAGGACAUUAUCGAUCGAGUGAGGAAAUUGGCAUCUUUACUGAGUCACAGCCCGAAGCCCAAGGCUUUCAGAACACCACACUGUCUUGGGUUCUUCGAUAUAGCUGACCCCGAUAUCCCUGCUGAUGAAGUCGACAUUCUUGAUAGGCGGUUAGGUCUGGUAUUUGAGAGGCCUUGCGAUGAUUCAUUACAUGCCACGCUUCCGCCAGUGUCCCUCCACGGCCUUCUUCAAGAUGAUAGUGUUAGAAAACCAUGCGUAACAGAACGGGCCCGACUGGCAACGGCACUGAGUAAUUGUGUCCUAUACCUUCAUGCAGUCAACUGGUUACACAAGGGCCUUCGAAGCCAUAAUAUUCUCUUCUUCCGUACUCGCACCGGGAGCGUCGACUAUGGUCAACCAUAUCUCUCUGGGUUUGACUUUUCACGCCCCGGGGGUUCGGACGAGAUGACAGACGUACCCGGAGAUGAUGCAGAGCACGACUUGUAUAGACACCCGGAUACGCAGACAAACAGGAGAAAGGAGAGGCAGCGCUCCAAGAAGCGCUUUGACAUUUACAGUCUAGGCAUCAUCUUUGUCGAACUCGCUCAUUGGAAGACGGUCGACAAGGUCCUUGAGAUCGACAUGCGAAGGGCUCGAGGGAAGCCAGAAAUUUUGCGACAAAUUCAAGACGAGUUGCUUGGUGCUGGGCGAAUGGCAGAUAUUGGAGGUGAGAUGGGCGAAAAGUUUGAGGGUGCGGUUAGGACUUGUCUUGGUGGGAGGAACAGACUUGGACUUCGCCAAGGGCAUGAAGAAAGUGCAGAGGAUGCGGCCGAGAAACUAUCGAAAACAUUUUACGAGAAUGUAGUUAAAAGACUUGGGCAGAUUGUGGUGUGA